ACUCGCUUAGACGAUAACAUGUUUUUGCGCUGCAUCGAGAGCAACAUGUUGUCCGACAUGACUCUGCAGGGUAUCGAAUCCAUCUCGAAAGUGUAUAUGCACCUGCCGCAGGUGACAAAUAAGAAGCGUAUCUAUAUCACGGAGACGGGUGAAUUCAAAUCCGUGGCUGAGUGGCUCCUGGAGACCGAUGGCACCGCGUUAAUGCGCGUGCUCAGCGAGCGGAACGUCGACCAAACGCGCACCUUCAGCAAUGAUAUUGAAAUGUUUACGGUGUUGGGAAUUGAAGCGGUGCGCAAAUCGAUUGAGAAGGAGAUGAACAAUGUCUUGCAGUUCUACGGCUUGUACGUUAACUAUCGGCACUUGGCGCUGCUCUGUGACAUUAUGACGGCCAAGGGUCAUCUGAUGGCUAUUUCACGCCAUGGCAUCAAUCGCCAACAAACCAGCCCUUUGAUGCGUUGCUCUUUUGAGGAGACGGUGGAUGUGCUAUUGGAUGCUGCAGCACACGGUGAACGUGAUGCUAUGCGUGGCGUGUCGGAAAAUAUUAUAAUGGGUCAAUUGCCGCACAUCGGCACCGGUUGCUUUGACAUGAUACUUGAUGCAUCUAAAUGCAAACUUGCUAUGGAAGUAGAUUCGAUAAACAACAAGAACGCCCUUUUUUAUGGUUCAUUGUUUACGCCGAAUAUUUUAGCUGGAAGUGGACGCAGUGGCAUGCUUGAGUACUCACCAGGCCUAGGUGGUCUAACUCCACAAUCUGCACGUUCUGUCUGUUUCUCGCCUUUGUCGAAUAUGAGUUCGCCUACAAUGACCGCAGAUGAGUUUUGUAGCUCGCCAUAUUCUUCGCCAUCAACUGCUUCGAUCAAAUCAUACUAUGGUGGUGGGUCAUACUACUCACCCAUUUCGCCAAUAUAUGACCAAAAAGCAUUUAGAAGUUCAAAUAUAUCCAGUAACUGCAGCCAUUUGUCAUGCACCAAUGAUUUAUUAACCACUAUUAUGCAGUCUCCUAAGUACUCACCUAGUUCACCAGAAUUUUCACCACAUUAUCAACGCUAUCUACAAGUUCAUUCACCACAAUCACCUUCAAACAGCAACAGCGCAUUUUAUUCACCAGACAGUUCAACAAUGUCUUAUAACAGCGUCACCGGUUCGUCGCGUUAUUCACCGACCUCACCCGGUUACUCACCGCAAACUAAUAACUAUUCGCCCACUUCACCGUCCUAUUCACCCACCAUAAUGAGUUCAAACCGGUGCUGCAACAGUUUUUCACCAAGCUCACCCACUAGUAAUAACGAUUCGUUAUAUUCACCUUCUUCACCGCUGAACACACCCGAUUCUCUAACCGAUAAAACGUCAACAGCAACUGAUAGUUGCUCUCAACGUACAGAACCCAAAAAAUAUCGAUCUACUCCGUAUUUCUAUGCGGAAAGUAAUGGCACCCCUUCUAGUAGUGCAACUUACUCACCCACAAGUCCUAUCUACGCUCAUUACUCGCCAUCAAGCCCGCAUUGUGUUAUGCAAACACCACAUUAUUCGCCUUCCACUCUUAGCUAUAAUCCUUCGAGUCCCAGUUAUACACAAAUCAGUCCAUCGUUUACUAUUAAUUCACCUCAAUACUCGCCGCUAAGUCCGAAAAUCAACUAUUCCCCCACAAUCUCUUCGCCGCAAAUGCAUUUCAUUUUACCACGUACGCCACAACAACAAUACUCUGCUUCUAUACAGAGUCCACGCUAUCCUAGUAGCUCCUCGAUCACCUACUCACCAACGUCACCGAAGCAUUCACCGAACUCCAAUCGUUACUCACCCAGUAGUCCGCAAUACUCAAGUAGUCCAGCCAGCCCCAAUUAUUCCACCGCGUCUCACUCAAAUGUGGUUUACUCUCCGCAUAGCCCUAGUUUUUACUCAUCCUCGCCUUCGAGUCCCGUUUAUAGCUCCAGCGAGUCUCCAAUGUCACCUAUGAGCCCCAACAGUCCGGCUAGCCCACAGUAUUCCCCGACCUCAAACUGAAAUUGAAACAACAAUAUAAUUACAUUAAUAGACAUAUUAAUAGCACAGAAUAGAAUAGUGUUACUGUUUUUGUUGAAAUUCGCUAUAUUUUCAUAAUAAAAUAAUUUCUCAAUAGCUAUUAA